AUGUCAGUUACCUUAAGACCAAUAGAAGAAAAAGAUUAUGAUGAAUGGUUAAAUUUAUGGACUGGACCAGGAGGUUAUAUUGAAUUUUAUAAAUCUUUACAUAAAUUGACCCCAGAGAUUUCUCAAACUACUUUCAAGAGAUUUUUAGAUCCAAAAAUUCCAGUUUAUUCAGUAGUUGCAGUUGAUAACAAUUCUGGUAAAUUAAUUGGUUUUGCUAAUUAUUUAACUCACUAUAAUACUUGGACAAUUGAAGAUGCUUUAUAUUUAAAUGAUUUAUUUGUUGAUGAAAAAUGUAGAUUACAUGGAGUUGGUAGAAAAUUGAUUGAAUAUAUCUAUAAGGAAGCUGAUAGAUUAAAUGCUAGGAAAUGUUAUUGGUCAACUCAAUUUGAAAAUCAUAGAGCUCAAUUGUUGUAUACUAAAGUUGGUCAAAAAUCAGGAUUUUUAUUAUACAGAAGACCAGAUAAUUAA